AUGGACGUCGACCGUGCCGUCGACCCACCCAAGCGCGAGUUCCGCUCAUCGCGCUACAACCCCGACCGCGACAGCGGCUCGAGGGCGACCGGGUCGACGCCCUACGAUCCCGUGAGGAAAGCAGCGGCGAGACAGACCGCCGCGAUUGAAGCGAGCAAGCAUUCCAAGAAGGAGAAUAGGGUCUACAUCACCAACCUCAGCUUCAACGUCAAGUGGAACGAUUUGAAGGACUUUAUGCGGGAGGGUCAGUGAUUAUCAUUAUUAUUAUUAUUAUUACUUUGGUUGUGCUUCAGUGGGGGAGGGGGUUAGCGAAAGGCCGCAAAACCUUUGGGGACGACACCGCUCGGAGCCCCUGCUUGGCGCAGUGGGGCCGGACUGGGACGCGCGGGACAGGCCUAGACACCGUUGGAAGGGGAUCAUGAAAGAAGACAGGCUGAUUAUGGUCGUACUUUUUUGCUGGGUGUGCGCGCGCGUUUGGGAUGGUCAUUGGUGGGGGUGAUGGAAAACCGGCGUCAAAUCAUGGACGACUUCUACGGCUAUCGACUUCCUUCGCCAUCUUGUAUCGCCAACACGCCUCGCAUCACACCAACAGCCGGAAACGUCGUCUUUUCUGAAAUCAUGACUCUCCCCAACGGCAUGUCGAAAGGAUGCGGGUCAGUCUCUUUUCGUUGCUCUUCCGUGCACCGAACUGCGCAAUUGACUCAGCCACGAACGCUGUCACCGAUCCAUCCAGUGUUGUCGAAUUCUCACGACCUGAAGAGGCACAACGUGCGAUCAGUCAACUCAACGAACAGCCUUUGUUGGGACGACCCGUCUACGUGCGCGAGGUGGGUGAUCGUCGCAAGCCACUCACGUCACGUCGAGCCGAGAUUGACCCCCGAGAUUCUCACACUCACAGGACCGAGAAGAAGAGGCGCGUUACGGUUCAGCGGCCGUCUCAGGACCCCGACCUGGGUAUACCGGACCCGGUGCGCUCACCGCUCCUACCCGAGGUGGUUUCUCCGCCGGUGUCGGUCGAGGAGGCGGAUUCGCCUCCUCCGCCCCUGCACUUGGUCAAGGACGUCACCUCUUCAUCCAAGGCCUUCCUGCGAAUGCGGGAUGGCAAGAGUUGAAGGAUCUUUUCCGUGCUGCGGGUCAGAUCAUUCGUGCGGAUGUCAAGACUGCUCCUGAUGGGACCCCCACGGGCACCGGUACGGUUGUCUUUGAGACGAGCCAGGAUGCUCAAAAUGCGAUUGGUCAGUGUUGGCGUCGGACGAGCUACUCUGUGCUAAGUUACUGAACCCAGGCCAUCGAUCUCCUCCAGCGAUGUACAACGGCUACGAAAUCGACGGGGCGAUUCUCGAAGUCCGUGAAGACCGAUUCCCGACCGGCGGUGGCGGAGGUGGCUUCGUACCCCGAGGUGGAUUCGCCGGAGGUCGAGGCGGUUUCCGAGGGGGAUUCACCGGUGGUUUCGGCGCGCCGCCCCCGCACCUUCCUUUCGCUCCUCCUGGGUUCAUGCAAGGUGGUUUCAAGCCGCUUGUGGCUACGCCGAACAAGCAAAUUUUCGUUAGGAAUGUGAGUCGCCACACCCGCGCCGCACCCUGGAUCGUGCCAAAUUGACAGAGAGCUGACGUCUCCUUCGGCUUAUUGUCUGUAGUUACCUUGGUCUACCGCGGAUGAUGAUUUGGUCGAAUUGUUUCAAACGACGGGCACGGUCGAGGAAGCGGCGAUGCUGAUCGAUGAGGCGACGGGUCGGGCCAAAGGAUCAGGCGUGGUUCAAUUCGCGACGAUCGAAGAGGCGCAAACGGCGAUCGCUCAGUUCCAGGGUUAUACCUAUGGAGGUCAGUAGUCGAUCGAUUCCGACUACUCUUGAUCUCGCGGGUGAUGACUCAUCCUCUUUCUUUCUUGCUACAAUUUGCCCAGGCCGCCCUCUACAAAUCGAAUUCAACGCGAGGUACAAGAACUUUCAAGGGAAUGGUGUACCCGCGGGUGCACCGACCGGUCCUCGGGGGCAUCAAGAGGUGGAUCAGGAGAGGGGCGAGUACGGCGAUGGUAUUGCUGAUGCGGGUCAUGGGAAUGGGGAAGGGAGGGAACCUUUGCCCGAGGGGUUCUGA